AUGGGUGGAUGUAGGUGGAACAGUCAGUCACUAGUGAUUGUAGAUUGCUGUAUGGGUGGAUGUAGGUGGAGCAGUCAGUCACUAGUGAUUGUAGAUUGCUGUAUGGGUGGAUGUAGGUGGAGCAGUCAGUCACUAGUGAUUGUAGAUUGCUGUAUGGGUGGAUGUAGGUGGAGCAGUCAGUCACUAGUGAUUGUAGAUUGCUGUAUGGGUGGAUGUAGGUUGAGCAGUCAGUCACUAGUGAUUGUAGAUUGCUGUAUGGGUGGAUGUAGGUGGAGCAGUCAGUCACUAGUGAUUGUAGAUUGCUGUAUGGGUGGAUGUAGGUGGAGCAGUCAGUCACUAGUGAUUGUAGAUUGCUGUAUGGGUGGAUGUAGGUGGAGCAGUCAGUCACUAGUGAUUGUAGAUUGCUGUAUGGGUGGAUGUAGGUGGAGCAGUCAGUCACUAGUGAUUGUAGAUUGCUGUAUGGGUGGAUGUAGGUGGAGCAGUCAGUCACUAGUGAUUGUAGAUUGCUGUAUGGGUGGAUGUAGGUGGAGCAGUCAGUCACUAGUGAUUGUAGAUUGCUGUAUGGGUGGAUGUAGGUGGAGCAGUCAGUCACUAGUGAUUGUAGAUUGCUGUAUGGGUGGAUGUAGGUGGAGCAGUCAGUCACUAGUGAUUGUAGAUUGCUGUAUGGGUGGAUGUAGGUGGAGCAGUCAGUCACUAGUGAUUGUAGAUUGCUGUAUGGGUGGAUGUAGGUGGAGCAGUCAGUCACUAGUGAUUGUAGAUUGCUGUAUUGGUGGAUGUUGGUGGAGCAGUCAGUCACUAGUGAUUGUAGAUUGCUGUAUGGGUGGAUGUAGGUGGAGCAGUCAGUCACUAGUGAUUGUAGAUUGCUGUAUGGGUGGAUGUAGGUGGAGCAGUCAGUCACUAGUGAUUGUAGAUUGCUGUAUGGGUGGAUGUAGGUGGAGCAGUCAGUCACUAGUGAUUGUAGAUUGCUGUAUGGGUGGAUGUAGGUGGAGCAGUCAGUCACUAGUGAUUGUAGAUUGCUGUAUGGGUGGAUGUAGGUGGAGCAGUCAGUCACUAGUGAUUGUAGAUUGCUGUAUUGGUGGAUGUUGGUGGAGCAGUCAGUCACUAGUGAUUGUAGAUUGCUGUAUGGGUGGAUGUAGGUGGAGCAGUCAGUCACUAGUGAUUGUAGAUUGCUGUAUUGGUGGAUGUAGGUGGAGCAGUCAGUCACUAGUGAUUGUAGAUUGCUGUAUGGGUGGAUGUAGGUGGAGCAGUCAGUCACUAGUGAUUGUAGAUUGCUGUAUGGGUGGAUGUAGGUGGAGCAGUCAGUCACUAGUGAUUGUAGAUUGCUGUAUGGGUGGAUGUAGGUGGAGCAGUCAGUCACUAGUGAUUGUAGAUUGCUGUAUGGGUGGAUGUAGGUGGAGCAGUCAGUCACUAGUGAUUGUAGAUUGCUGUAUGGGUGGAUGUAGGUGGAGCAGUCAGUCACUAGUGAUUGUAGAUUGCUGUAUUGGUGGAUGUUGGUGGAGCAGUCAGUCACUAGUGAUUGUAGAUUGCUGUAUGGGUGGAUGUAGGUGGAGCAGUCAGUCACUAGUGAUUGUAGAUUGCUGUAUGGGUGGAUGUAGGUGGAGCAGUCAGUCACUAGUGAUUGUAGAUUGCUGUAUGGGUGGAUGUAGGUGGAGCAGUCAGUCACUAGUGAUUGUAGAUUGCUGUAUGGGUGGAUGUAGGUGGAGCAGUCAGUCACUAGUGAUUGUAGAUUGCUGUAUGGGUGGAUGUAGGUGGAGCAGUCAGUCACUAGUGAUUGUAGAUUGCUGUAUGGGUGGAUGUAGGUGGAGCAGUCAGUCACUAGUGAUUGUAGAUUGCUGUAUGGGUGGAUGUAGGUGGAGCAGUCAGUCACUAGUGAUUGUAGAUUGCUGUAUUAGUGGAUGUAGGUGGUUUCUACUUAAAACUUAA